CAGUGCGUGGGUACGCGCACGGUCGGCUUGGCACCGCCCACCACCGGCAGGCUCUUGGCUGGCAGGCUGGGCGCGGGGGGUGCCAAAAGCGUAGGCACUGCAGGCGCUAUGACCGUGGGCACUGCCGGCUUGCCCACCAGCGGCUUCGGUGCAAUGCUGCUGACAAAAGGCGCGCCAAUCGCCGGGCUAUGCACCUGGCCGCCUGCUGGUGCACCGACAACUUGGCCUGCUGCAUCGCCAACCACUGGCAGUUGGUGCGCAACCCCGCCAACCACCGGAACACCGCCCAGAGGCAGCCCUGGGGAGUUGCCGACCACUGGAAGUGUCUUGGCUACAUCGCCGACCAAAGGCAAACUGUCUGUGACGCCGCCCACCAGCGGCACGCUGUCAAGCAGCGGAAGUGCCGCCGACGCAGUGGUGGCAAGGGCGACGAGCGAAAAGAAAAUGUUCAUUCUAUCGGAAAAUGCUUUUAGAUGGUGGAGGACAAGGGUGACGAAUAUUGGGUUUCAAGCGAACUGUUCUAACCCUGCUCGGAGCUUUGCCCAUUUAUAUGUCUUUUUGUAAUUCUUUUCUUUGGGCAGUAAUGUGGUGCGGCAAAAACGUUUCGCUAAAUGGUUAGCGUAUAUAGUGAGUGCCCUUGUUACUUCCAUAUUUAGUCAUCAGAAACGUUUUCUGCUGGCUAUGUGCAUGUUCGAAACACCCAAUGCCGCCAUCUUACCCCCUCCCCAUUUACAUUGCGCUGGUACUUGAAUCCUGACUACCGACCUCUCCGACCUACCACAUCACUAGCCAUCACUCAUCUUGAAAUGCUCAACAUAUGCCUUUCCCCAAUCUCGCUUCCAGCAGAACUCUGCCAUGAUCCUUGAUUUGUGAAGCAAAUUAGAAAUUGACACGCAAAGCCUCUAAAUAGCAGGCUACAGAUCAUUUCCGCCACAUGAUCUGGAAUAGAAGAGUUGCGAUUGUUGGCAUAUCCUUGGCGACCCACUGCCCCUCCCCCGAGUUUCGC